CAGCACCACCGGCCACCGGCCACCGGCCAGGCCGAUACGCACGGACCUCAGCCCCCAUCGGCCGGCCUAUCCCGAGCGGUACCCUGCCCCGCCCGGCCACACAACCGAGCGAGGUGGAGGGGGCGCUAACGGACCAGCUGCGCCGCACGCCACGUUGCCCGCCCCUUUUCUAACCCCUGCACUGCACGGUAUACAUGUGCCCGCCCCGCCCCCGCCCCCGCCCCCGAUGGGCUGUUGAGGAGGUAGCGGCGAGGUGGUAGCCAGCCAGCCGAAAGAAACAGAGCACAGCCGAGCCGAGAGCCUGCCCGCGAGAAGGAAGGAAGGAAGGAAGAUGGACUCCUCCGCGGUGGCGGUGGCGGCGCCGCUGCUGGAGGCCGGCGGCAAGGAGAUGCGGCACCUGGGCCGCACCGCGCACAACAUGUCCUCCUCCUCCCUCCGCAAGAAGUCCGACACCUCGCUCGUCCGCAAGGUGCCCUGCGCCGCGCUCCGCGGCUUCCUCUCCACCCUCCAGGAGGUGCUCUUCGGCACCAAGCUCUUCGUCCUCUUCCCCGCCGUCCUCCUCGCCGUCGUCGCCAGAUACAUGCGCUUCGGCCAGGUGUGGCUCUUCGUGCUUAGCUUAAUCGGGCUCAUUCCUCUUGCGGAGCGACUCAGUUUCCUGACGGAACAGAUCGCUUUCUACACCGGUCCCACUGUCGGUGGACUGUUGAAUGCGACAUUUGGCAACGUCACCGAGGUUAUCAUCGCGCUAUUCGCCCUGAGGGAAGGCAAGAUAACGGUGGUGAAAUGCUCCCUGCUCGGCUCCAUCUUGUCCAACCUGCUGCUUGUCCUCGGGACCUCCCUCUUUUUUGGUGGGCUUGCCAACCUCGGUGUCGAGCAGCCAUACGACAGAAAGCAAGCAGAUGUCAGCACAGGGCUUCUGAUUCUUGGUGUGCUAUGCCAAUCGAUGCCGCUGAUGCUGAGGUAUGCAGUAAGCGCCGGUGAGCAUGCAGUAAACUCUGACGAUUCAGGAUUGGUGCUAUCCCGGGCAUGCAGCGUUCUCAUGAUCCUGGCCUAUGGAGCCUACCUUUACUUCCAGCUGAAGACGCAUCGCCAGCUCUUUGAACCACAGGAGGUUGAAGAUGAUGGUGAUGAUUUGGUCUCUGAAGAUGAGGCGGUACUGGGGUUUACAAGUGCGAUGGUUUGGCUAGCAGUCAUGACUGUGAUAACCGCCUUACUGUCGGAGUAUGUCGUGAGCACAAUUGAGGCGGCCUCAGAAUCCUGGGAACUAUCAGUGAGCUUCAUUAGCAUCAUCUUGAUUCCGAUUGUCGGGAAUGCAGCAGAGCAUGCUGGAGCAAUCAUAUUUGCUUUUAAGAACAAGCUGGACAUCACCCUUGGAGUAUCUUUGGGGUCAGCUACGCAGAUUUCCAUGUUUGUGGUGCCGCUGAGUGUCCUUGUGGCUUGGGUCAUGGGGGUUCCAAUGGAUCUUGAUUUCAACCUGCUAGAGACUGGUUCCUUGUUCCUCGCAAUAUUGGUCACAAGCUUCACCCUCCAGGACGGGUCGUCGCAUUAUCUGAAGGGACUGCUUCUCCUCCUUUGCUACGCCGUGAUCGGCGUGUGCUUUUUUGUCCUGAGACGACGUUCAGGUAGGGAUUCUUACUCUCUCCCUCCCAUUUUUUGCUCAAAUCAUUUGCAACUACACAUUGUUUUUUCACAUCUGUUAUGUUUCGAUGACAGCUGAUGGAAGCAACUAAUCGGGUUCAGCCUAGCAGAUCGGCUUAGUUCAGGGUUCCCCCAAAACGGACGGUGAUCAAGUCGAAGAUCGUGAAGAGAAGGUAGUAGACUAUGUUUCGCAGCCAGGCCAAGCAGUAGGGCCUGCCUGCCUGUAAGAUUGUAGAUCGAGACUAAAUCAGGUGUGUUUAUGGCCAUCACAGGCCUGUAAAUUAAUCGAGCUUAAUGUAUCCGUUAGUGCACCUAAAAA